GGUCAUUUAGUUUGGCUCAGUUGAUACUCAUUUAAAACCUAUUACUCCGUAGUAAAUGGGUUAGAUAGGUUUGGACUCAUUUCAAUUCAGCUAACAAAUGAGUUAGGUUGAGUCUAUAUAUUAGUGGAUGGACUUAGAUUGAUUAAUGAGUUUAGGUUUAAUUUGCUACACCUAGUGUAAAUACUAUAUAGUACCAACAUAUACAACAGAACUCUUAAAUCAGCUGCUUGCCUUUGCACUCCAUCCCCUCCUUUACUCCUUUGUAUUCCCAUUUUCCUCUUCCUCUGCUCCCUCACCAAUCUAACAAAAUGAGCUGGUGGCUGGAUAGAUCUGUUGGUAUGGCAAAGAAGGAAUACGAACAAGAGGAAUCGCCAAAGAGUUGCAAGAGCGUCGCGCUAGUAGUUGGCGCGACCGGCAUCGUGGGCAACAGUCUAGCCCAAGUCCUCCCGUUAUCCGGAACCCCGGGCGGUCCAUGGAAGGUCUACGGCGUUGCGCGACGUCCUAGGCCUGCCUGGACCGCCAACAACCCUCUUCGCUACAUCCAGUGUGACAUCUCCAACGCGGAAGACGCGAUUACCAAACUGUCCCCUCUCGCGGACGUCACUCACAUCUUUUACGUGAGCUGGAUGGGAUCCGAGGACUGCGACGUCAACGGAACCAUGUUCCACAACGUCCUCAAAUCGGUGAUUCCGUACGCUCCCAAUCUCCGUCACAUUUGCCUCCAGACCGGCAUCAAGCACUACUUCGGACUGUUCGAAUCAUACGGUAAAAUCCAGAAACAUGAAUCCCCGUUCUUGGAAGACGUGCCGAGGUUGAAUACCAAGAACUUCUACUAUAACCUCGAAGACAUCCUCUUCCGAGAAGCCAAAAAGAAAGAAAACUUGACAUGGUCGGUUCAUCGCCCGUCUCUAGUAUUCGGGUUUUCUCCGUAUAGUCUCAUGAACGUGAUCGGCGCACUGUGUGUGUACGCGGCCAUUUGCAAGCACGAGAAGAAACCGCUGACGUAUCCGGGAACAAAGGGUUCUUGGGAUUGCUACGCAGACGCGGCCGAUGCAGAGUUGAUAGCGGAGCACCAGAUAUGGGCGGCGGUGGAUCCAGGCGUUAAGAACGAGGCGUUUAAUUGCACGAACGGGGACAUUUUCAAGUGGAAGCAAAUGUGGGAAUUGCUGGCGCAGGAAUUUGGGGUGGAACUCGUGGGGUACAAGGAGGGGCAGGAACAGAGGAGUUUGGAGGAGAUGAUGAAGGACAAGGGACCGGUAUGGGACGCGAUUGUGAGAGAGAACGGGCUUCUGGGCACUAAGUUGGAGGAGGUGGCGCCGUGGUGGUUUGCGGAUAUCGUGUUCUGCUCGGAGGAUUUGCUGAGCAGCAUAAACAAGAACAGAAAGCAUGGGUUCUUGGGGUUUCGGGAUUCGAAGAAGUCGUUUGUUUCUUGGAUUGAGAAAAUGAGAGAGAACAAAAUUGUCCCUUGAGACACAAGAUAUAUGAUUUCGCCUGUAAUAAGAUAAGAAUGAAGGGAUUGAUUGCUUUCUUAUUUCUCAUCACUAGCAAAUAAAAUGCCACAACCAAUGACUGUUGCUCGUUUGCUUAAUUUUUGAUAUUUUAGUUGUGUUUCUUGUUGGUUUCUUGCGUUUGUUGUAUUUCGGUAAGGUCACUUUUGGGCCGUGUAAUCAUUUUUCUACUUUCUAUAUAUCUGCAUCUGGCGUUUUCUCGAAAAA